AUGACUGUGACUGCAACUGAGAAGAUCGUCACCGUCUUUGGCACUGGCAACCAAGCCAGCGCCGUGGCCCGGGCCCUGCUGGCGGAUAAAACCAGCCAGUUCAAAGUCCGCGCCAUAAGUCGUCAUCCAGACUCGGCCUCUAGCAAGACCCUCUCCGCACUCGGGGUGCAAGUUGUCAAGGCAGAUGGAUGGAAUCUCGAGGAGCUGACCAGGGCGUUCGCGGACACUUGGGCGGCUUUCGUCAACACGAAUUCUGAUGACCCGCUGUUCCUCCAAAAAGGCGAUGGGCCCACGGAGUUCGAUCUCGGCAAAAACAUCAUCGACAGCCUGGUUGCCGCCAACGUGCAGCAUCUUGUUUAUAGCUCCUUCGCCUCGUCUGUAGAGCAAACCAAAGGCAAGCUGUUCAUCAAGCCCAUGGAAAUGAAAUACCAAGCACUCAAGUACGCCCGAGAGACCGGCCACUUCGCCACCACCUGUGGCAUAUACGCCGCCUGGUACUAUGAGCAGUUUCUCGACAAAGCCACCGCCGAUGUGUUUGGGGGCUUUCCCACUACUCCCGACGAGGAGGGUUAUAUUACCUUCCGGGCCCCGCUCUGGGGCGACGACGAGCACCCAUCCUUCGUGAGCAUCACGCAUGACUUUGGGGAUAUAGUGCACGGCAUCCUGCUUGAACCUGAGCAGUGGGAUGGCAAGUCGGUUCCUGCCGCUAGCGAUGUGAUGACGUUCGAGCAGCUGACCCAGACACUGCAAAACGCUACGGGUCGAAAGUCGAGGUAUAUUCCACUUCCCUCCUGGGAAGACUUUGGCAGGGGUAUCCCUGAACUGGAUGAUCAUAAGCUCUUGUUUGCCUUUACGCAAGCAACCGGGGGACGCUACUUUGGCGAUGUGCCCACAGAGACCAAAACCGCCUUAAGACUCAAGAGGCGGGCGGCAGAAGCGCAAGGAAAGUCUGGCGCCGAGGUCAACUUGUUGAGUAUGGAGGAGUGGUUCAAGACAAACUUUGCGUAG